UGCCAUCGCUGGAACUAUAAAAGUGUCGUGUGGCCGCAACAGAAAACAUACUUCGUACACAACUUUCACAGCUAACAAUGAAAGCCAUCUUUGCUCUCUGCGCCAUUUUGGCCGCUAUCGUUGUGGCUGUCAACGCCGAUGCGGGUCGCUCGGCCUGCCAGGAUGAGAUCGAAGUGGGACAGACCUAUCCCCAUCAUUUCGACCCUGCCAAGUACUGGCUGUGCGAGGAGCUGAAUAAGCCCGCCACCGAAGUCGACUGCCCCACUGGCCUGGCCUACAUGCAUAUUCUGAAGGAGUGCAUCCCCUGGGCUAGCUAUGUCUGGAAGAAGCUCGAGAACCCACCCACACUUGCUUAAGCUCAAAACUCAAUAAACAAACUGAUAAUUGCA